AUGGAGGGGUCGUUGUAUCUUCACGCGGCCACCGCUGCCACGAGGGUCGAGGGUGCACGGAGGCAGCUUCCAUUUUUCGUCUCUGUCGCAGCCGCCGUGGCCUCUUCCAGACCCUCCAGAACUGCUGGCCCUCCCAGGACGGCAGCCGGCAGUUUACGCCGCUUCUCCGGUACCUGAAAUCCAAGCUGCGAACUUUGAUAUUCUACUUCCUCUAUAAAUGUGAAAAAAGUGGAUUUAUUCGGAUAAACAAAAAAUACGAAUGACUGUGUCCUGUGGUAGGGGAAACUCUUUACAGAUUGUAGUGGAGGAGGCAUGGUGUUGUAAAUAUGUAAUACGUCGACUUCACAAUGGAAUCGCUCUAUAUGCUUCUAUUUUCAGUAGUUAUUCUAAUUUCUUUAAUGAAAAGGACACUGCCAGUUUAAAAAUCUAGGGCUAUCUGGUUUUAGGUCCUUUUAAGAUAGAGAGAGAUCCACCUGUCCUAAAUUCUCUUAAAUACACCGCAUUUUGUGUCAAAGACAUGCCGCUACUCUUAGUGAAAACCGUUUUUUUAUCCAUUUUCUUCCCCUGAACUAUGACUGUCUUCAUUGGACAUUAUCGUUUUCAAUGAUGUUCCUCGAGAAAAGGCAGGCUUGCCCAACCCAUGGCUCUAUGAUCCUUACCUUUAAUUCUCUUGGGCUCCUUACGUGAACUACGUUUCUGGUAUGCAUUUACAGAUAAAAUCUGUGGCGUGUUAUCUUCAUGCUCCUCCAGAGAGUGCAUUGGAAUUUACAUUAAAUGAAAGUUUGAUUAAAUUAAGUUGAAUAUAAAACGUGGAUAGUUAACCAGCUGAUUAAGCUGAAAUAAUGGGACUCUGCAAUGUAUCAGCUAUCUUUGACUUAGAUGUACCAAAACAGCAUGCAGGUGGGCUUUUUCUUUUCAUCCACGAUGUGUUUCAGUGCUGCGGUUCUAGUUUUGCUGUUGCCUCUAUAUCAGAUCUGAUAGCUGAGAAAAAAAUCGUUUAGUGGCCUAUAACAUUCCAUUUGCUAAGAACUUCAUAGAACCUUAUUCAUUUUAUUUUGUUUCGUUUUCUUUCCCUUACCCCUGUAUUUUUUCUAUUACUUUUUUAUUAGGAUGUGGCUGCAUGGAAAAUGCAUUCUUUACCGGGAGGAUGACCUCUGAUGUCUCUUCAAGUAAUCCGCAUCUGCUAAAAGCGUCACAGAAAAGGUUAUUCACUACAAGAAAUGCAUCAGGUUUUCUAUAUUUGAUCUUAUUGUGGAAUACUUGAAAUAAAAUUACUUCAAGCUUUUUCUUCUGCUCACAGUGAAGAUGCCAUUUUUUUUUGCAGCUUCAGUGCAACCUGUGAUGGAAGGUGUUACAGGAGAUAAAUCAAAGAAAUGUCCCAUAAAUGGCGAUGAUAUACGUCAAUGUUUCCUUAAUUUCUACGCAUCAAGAGGUCACAAGAUACUCCCAAGUGCUUCGCUCGUACCGGAUGAUCCCACUGUUCUACUUACGAUUGCUGGGAUGCUUCCAUUCAAGCCUAUCUUUCUAGGAAAAGUAUAUGCUCUUUGGAAAUCGCUAUUUUAUCCUCAGGAGAAACACGCUAAGCAUCAUGCUCAGUUGCGUCUUUUGUGUGUUUGUUUGCCACACCUUGUGGAAGCUACAAUGUGCAUUCAGUUUUGACAUAAUUUUGGAACUUAACUGUAUAUAAAUUUCUGCACGAGAAACGAAAAAGAUGGAACUUAAUAUUUUUCACGUUAGCAAUCCCAUUGGCUGUUGCAGACCUAAACUCUACUCAACAAUGGCAUUGAGAUUUAAGUUUUGCAUUAAAUAUUUGUGGGAUUCUGAUUGAGGUGAUGAGUCUCUGAAGAAAUGCUUGAAAGAUUCCUGGAUGAUUAGGAUGUGUUUCUGUCGGUACAUCUCUAUUAUUGUAUGAAGACUGGUAUUGAAUUUUCGACUUUUGGUAUUAGAUAUACAUCUUCCAUAUUUUUUUGAGGAUUUGCUGAUAAGAGUCUUCAAUUUUAUCGAGGUGCUUAUCCAUCCUAAUUGAAACUAAAGGAAAGCUUCCACAAUUUGGGUAGUAAAAAUUGAUGUUGCCCUUUUUUAAGAUAAUACAUGCUUUCAUGCACAGUUAUAAAGUUAUUAAUGUUCUGAUACCUGAUGAAAAUCUAUACUAUCAAAAAGGGCCUUUGUGGCUGUUCUACUGUUAUUUGGGAAGUUGGACAUCACUUUCGGAAAAAAGAUUUUAAAACUCAUCGAAUCUUGAGCGGCAGUGUUAAUCUGUGUCCUGUAGGAACCUAAACGCAUUCCUCGUGCUACAACAGCCCAGCGUUGCAUAAGAACAACUGACGUGGAUAAUGUUGGCAGAACGGCUCGACAUCAUACCUUUUUUGAGAUGCUUGGAAACUUCAGUUUUGGAGAUUACUUCAAGAGGGAGGCAAUUCAUUGGGCAUGGGAACUCUCGACAAAGGAGUAUGAACAUAUUUACUUGCCACUGGACAAUGAAGUUUUUUUUUCUGUUUUUAGAUUUGAGAUGAUGUUCAUUUAGAAAAUUUCCAUUUUAUAUGAAUGAAUGGGCAGUUGGUGAUUUUUUUAUCCGCGCAGUCGCUCCCAUUUUAGUAAUGUUUAGGUAACUGAAUCUAGCGAAAUGCUAACUUCUAGUUAUGUGCAUUUAUGUAGCUUCAUUACCAGUAGCUUCCUGAGCUUUUGUAUUUCCCUUUCUACUGGUUCAACACACAUGUCUUGUUUAGUUUAUUCUGUCAUAAGUUUUGGCCACAAAAUCAUCAGGAUGAAUGAAAUUUACUAAUUCCAAGAGAAGAUUAUCCAAUCUUCUUCUAUUUUUGCUCGCUUGCAACAUUGCUACGCUCCCUUAACUAACAUAUCAUUUCGAUGUUAUAUUUUCAGUGUUAUUUUACUAGUCUAAUUAGUAACUAGAUUUACAGUCAUCAAACUUCAUUUUUACAAAAGAUUCCUGUUAGUGUUCCGGCUUUCUCAGUGUUGGCAAAUUCUUUAGGAGAAGAUAUUUGGGGGCGUUUGGUAUGGCUAUUUAAAUACAUCAAAGGAAGAAUCUUCUAGAACUUGGCUCUUGCAAGUGUUUUUUCAAGUGUUGGUCAAAUACCACAAUAUGCGAUUAUGGUAAAGCAUGGCUAGGUUAACGAAUUUGUCUCCGAAUCUGACCUUGUCAAACCGUUGGAAAUCUCAAUUGGCAAUAGGUCUUUCUUACAGUUAUAUUUUGUUCAUUUAUAUCUCGAAAAAUCCUUAUCAUGUAGUGGUAUACAUCUUGUUUUGCUUCAACACAGCUGUUUUGAAGCAUACUAGGUCCUGCUUGGACAAAGUCAUAUGGAUAUCUGUGUUAUCUUUUUUUAUUCAUAUAAAACCUGUAUUUCUACAGUUUUUAUAUUUAUUUAACUAUCUUAUUUAUUUCAUUAACAUUAUAUUUAGGUUAUGUUCAUGACUAUUUCGUAAUACUUUCUCCUGUUUGACAUUCUGUUUAAUAAUAUUUUCAUCUUUUUCUGUCCCUGUUACCAUGAAAUCCUUUUUAUCUCUCACAAAGGUAUAAAUAUAAUGUUAUUAAUUGAUGUUGCAGAUUUCAAUUGCCAUCUGAGCGUCUAUGGGUGAGUGUUUUCAAAGAUGAUGAUGAGGCCUAUUCUAUAUGGCACGAUGAGGUAAACGUCAUCUAGUCGAAUCAGAAUUCUAGGAUUUUUUUUUAUUUUUUUUAAAUUUAUUUUGUUACUGCUCUGUUUUUUCUAAGAGGUAAAACUGUGACCAUGCAACAGUAUUUGAAAACGUGAUCCAUCUCUAUUAGGAUGCAGACUUAUCAUCUGUCAUUCAUCAGGAAGCAAAUAAAAUGGCCUAAAACUUCUUGUUUUCGUUUUCUUUACUUGCAAGUCUGUUCUUAAGGGCAUAGGCGCAUCUAGAUCACUUUUCUCUCCAUAUAUUUUCUUUGUGGAAAGGGAGAAGGAAAAAUGAUUUAAAAGGUUCACACCACUUUACCACCUCUUUUCUUUGGAUGUAUUCCAGUAUUAUCCAUGGUUCUAAAUGAAUGCGUGACAUGCCUGUACACAAAUAAUAGAUUACAUCGAUUCGGAGUCCAUAUAUCUGUCUUAACUUAAUUUUUUCCUCAAGUCUUGUCUUUGCUAUGAGAAAUAUUCUAUGUGCUUCCUUUUUCUUUAAAGUGCGCGAUACCUCAUGAUCAAUUACAAAGAAAGAAGAAAGUACAAGCAUGAGCCACUUGACUGCAGAGAUGAACUCUUUAAAAAAAAACUAUGACCUACUCUAUGACGGGCUAGUUCAAGCUAGAAACCGAACAUCCUGAAAAUACAAGCAACAACCUUUUCCUCAUAACAAAGGAAGUAUUUUUCUCUCCUUCACUCUUUCCAUCCAAUUCCCUAAUUACUGAAAACUACUGGAUGCAUCUAGUGUUUGCCUAGAGCAUGAUGCUAUUCCAUUUGUCCAUGGAAAAUGGUCGUUCCCUAAUUCUACGUGAAAUAGUGUUUUCAAACCUUAUCCACCGCAUGAUGUCUAGAACAUAGGUCUGUCAUAGAUUGAGAUGCUGACCUGACCUAGAAAGAGCCUCCUUUGUCCCAUCUCUACCACCACACCUUCCUCGGGCCUCAUCAGGGAUCAUUACGAAAGAAAAUCAAGAGUUUUUAGUUUAUGAAUCUCCUAUCCCUGAAGUUUCUCUUGAGCUUUGGUAAACAACAUGCCCUCUUGGCUCAUGGUCAAAAACAUGCAAAACAGAGAUAUUUUCUGCGCUGAAUAGGAGUUGGAGCUGCUAAAUAAAAGCUGAGUUCCCUCAUUAUUUCCACACGGUGAAUAAAGUCUCUUUAUUGCCCAUUGGCUAAACGGAGCUCUGAACCAGGUUUCACCACAUCAGUAGCUUGCAAAAUUUCUUUCCACAACAUAGAGAUAUCACUGCUAUUCUCAUCAAGGGACUAUUAUCAUACUACACAUCCUAUCAUAUUUCUGUUUAAUAACUUCUAAUUACGGUCUCUCAUUCUCAUUUUCAACUUCCAUCUCUAGUUUCUGAAGAUAUCUUAGUUUGACUAUCAAAUAUUGACUGUCUAGUCAACUAUUGUCGUAGUGCUUGCAAGUUUUUCCUCAAUUGAUGUCAUGACAGCUCAUCCCAGUUUAUUUCAUUUGAAGCAACAUUCUUUUAAGCUUCCAUGCUCAAACUUCGGAUAGUGGUGAACUGAAGUGGAUGUUAUUUUCCUUUGAUUUUUUGUCUUUUUCUGAACUUUUAUUUUCUUUCUUAUUUACAAGACAUCUGUGGUACAACAUUGUUAAAUUGAUAUGAUACGAUCAUUUUUUAUUGCAUGCUGAAUUCUGAUAAUUCUAUUAGUCAUUAACUCCUGUGAAGCUUUUUGAUGAAACUAAUUCUUUCAUGUUUCAUGCAUCAGGUGGGUGUUCCCAAAGAAAGAAUAAAGAGAAUGGGUGAAGAUGAUAACUUUUGGACAAGUGGAGCCACUGGACCAUGUGGUCCAUGUUCAGAGAUUUAUUAUGAUUUCCAUCCAGAGAGGGGCUAUUCAGAUGCUGAUGUAAAUAUUUUAUGAAAAAGCUUUCUUCAUUCUUUUAUCUUCUGUUUCUGGACAAAAAAUAGUAAUGGAUUGUUAACUCUUGCAGGAUUUGGGAGAUGAUAGCAGAUUUAUAGAAUUUUACAAUCUGGUUUUUAUGGAAUACAACAAGAAGGAUGAUGGAUCUCUUGAGCCCUUAAAAGAGAGGAAUAUAGAUACAGGAAUGGGCCUUGAGCGCAUGGCACAGAUCCUGCAGAAGGUUCCUUCAUAUGCUGAAGAUGUUAUCUGUUUAUAACUUUUGGCGUUCAGAUUCGUAUUUUUUCUUCUGUUUAUAAAUGUGAUACCUUCCAAGGAAUCAUAUCUGUGACCUUAUGGAUUACGUUACAAAUCAGGAAGUAAAUCGAAAGAAAAGAAAAAGAGAGGAGGGAAAUAAAAAGAAAUGGACAGUAUAGACUAUUACUUUCGGUGAUUCUGAUCUGGUAACGCUUUGCCUUCAGCCCGCCCUCCCUUCUUCAUCUUCUUCCUUUACCCCUCUCUCAUUUCCUAUUAAUACUUUAUUGGUGCGCACAAAGACAAUCUACGGCCCAAUCUUGCCAAGAUCAAUAAAUUAAGUCUGUGCCCAGGUCUGCUCCCUUACCAUAAAGCAAAUCAAUGGCCUCUCUAUUGAAUGGCAUUGCUACAUCUUUAGAACUGGGAGGAAUAGCAUUGCCAUUGCUGCUCAACAUCAAAUGCACACCGUUCUGUUCUUGUUUCUCGUUCUCAUCUGUUCCUUAGCACAAAUAUACUCCCUCUCUCAAACUAAGGCAGACAACAGAAGGGCUUUCAUGGAAUCCUGGUACUGAGUUAUCUUGCCCAUCUCAGUCAGAGAGGUUGACCAUGUCUGACAAUAGAUUUGCCUGUCUCACACCAUCUAUCUCUUCUUCUUGGUGAACUGUAGACCAUAAAUACGUCAUCAUCUAACAACUCAAAACAAAGAGGGCCAAAGUUAGGGAAGAAUAUCAAUUCUUUUGUUGAUUACUUUUCCACGCAGUUUGACUGGCCGAGUCAUAGACAUCCUUGACUGCUUUGGAUUUUAAUCUUCUCUGUAUUGCUUUGUGAGAAAAAUGAGAGAACAUUUUAUCGUUUUUGCUUAACUUGGUUAUUCUAUGUUUAUGGAAAGAGGGCACAAGAGCAUUUAUCUGCCUCCAUUAGUUGAUUUACAGACAGGAUAAACAUCAGUUCUGUAUAUUAAUUUUGGGUCCUAAAUGAACUAUGUGGGACCUUAUUUCUGAAUUCAUAACGUAGAUAGCUAGGGUUUUUACAGAUUCUUCUGUAAUGCUGUUUAGAACCUAAUCAAUGAUAAAUCCACGUCGUCAUAAUUCUAAUUGUUCUAAAUUGAGAUUUUUUUUUUCCCUUAAAGAGUAAAUGAUAAUUUCCUUUUCAUCUAAAGGAAAAACAGGCUAUUUGGACCUUGGUUUGCUGACUCAGUGCAUCUGGGUCUGAGUUGUGCAUGCCGGUGUGGAUUUUCAUGCUUUUAUUCCUUUCGAUCCUUGACUAAUGAUUUUUUAAAUAAAAUUGUUAUUAUAAGAGUCUUCCAUCUAUAGACAAGUAUAAGCACCGAUAUGGAGUAAACAAUUCAUUUUUUUCACUUCUUGAGUCUUGAUAAGACACUUUGUCAUCCAACAGUGUACUGAGGACGCUAUCUCUAUUUUUAGCUCGGUUGGCAUGUCUAGAACAGAAUCCAUAGGGUCUGUCAAACGAAGAAUCGUUGUUUCACAAAGGAAUGGCGCUUCUUAUGAGCUUAUUCCUGAUUAAAGGCAUAUCUAAUCACUUUUAACCAUACAUGUUGUUUGAUUCAUUUCAUCUUCCAUAGUCAUACUUGUAAGCAAAUUGACGAUAGAUAUUUGGUUCUGUUCAACUUUUUCAGGUUCCAAACAAUUAUGAAACAGAUUUGAUUUUCCCCAUUAUAGACAAAGCUUCAGAGUUGGCCAAGGUUUCAUAUGCUGAAGCUAAUGAUGUCAUGAAGACUAACCUCAAAGUAUGAUUUCGUUGAUCUCUGAGUUGCUUCUUAACAUUUCAUUCUGACGUUUUCAUCUUUUAUCGGAAAGAGUUUGGUGGCGAUUCUACAAUUUCUUUUUCAAUUCAGCUCUAUCAUCGUCUUUCAGAUCAUUGGAGACCACAUGCGUGCUGUCGUCUAUCUUAUAUCAGAUGGAGUGUAUCCAUCAAAUAUAGGUAGGGGCUAUGUUGUCCGAAGGCUCAUACGGAGGGUUGUACGUAUUGGCAGAUUGCUUGGCAUAAAGGGUGACACUGAUGGAAAUCCCGAAGCACCAUUUUUGCCUGUACUUGCAGAGACGGUUAUAAAUUUGAGCUCCUGCAUUGACCCAGAAGUUAAAGCAAACAAACCGCGCAUAAUUGAGGAAUUGAAGAGAGAAGAGUUGCGUUUUAUUCAUACACUGGAGAGAGGAGAAAAACUUCUGGAUCAGUUGCUAGAUAGUGCGCUGUCAGUUGCUCAGGAUAAUGGGAACCUACAAAAGCCUUGCCUGUCCGGAAAGGAUGCUUUUCUCUUGUAUGAUACCUUCGGAUUCCCCGUAGAAAUAACAAUUGAGGUUGCUCAAGAGAGAGGUGUCGGUGUAGACAUGGAGGGCUUUGAUAUUGAAAUGGAGAAUCAGAGGAGACAGUCCCAGGCUGCUCAUAAUGUUGUUAAACUUUCAGUUGGAAGUGAAACAGAGCUCACGAAGAAUGUUCAAGACACUGAGUUUUUAGGAUAUGAGACCCUUUCAGCGAAUGCUGUAGUUAAGGGGAUGCUUGUGAAUGGUAAUCCGGUGACUCAGGUUUCUGAAGGCGCUGAUGUUGAAAUUUUGCUUGACAGAACCCCCUUUUACGCUGAGUCUGGAGGUCAAAUAGGGGACAAUGGCCUUUUGUAUGCAGUAAAAAACGACCAACGUGAACAAAGAACCAUCGUGGAAAUCAAAGAUGUCAAGAAAUCUCUUGGGAACAUCUUUGUCCACAAGGGUACUGUCAGAGAGGGGAGCAUGGAAGUUGGUCUUGAAGUGGAUGCUGCUGUUGAUGCAAGUUUGAGACAGAGGGCUAAGGUAUGACGCCUACUGUGAACAUCAUCAUUACCUAUCUUUAAAAACUGAAACCUUAUCCUCAGAUCCUCAGUUGCAUACCUGAGGAUUUCUCGAGAAUGCUUAUUCAUUAUCCGUUCCCACUCAUAGCAAGCUCUAGAUAUUUGAGAAUUCAAGAUUUCUUGCCCCUCCAGUGGGGCAUGAAGAUUAUUACUAUUAAAAUACUACUCUCUGUAGGUUCAUCAUACUGCCACACAUCUUCUGCAAUCUGCUCUUAAGCGUGUCGUUGGGCAAGAAACAUCUCAAGCAGGUUCUCUGGUGGCAUUUGAUCGUCUCCGAUUUGAUUUCAAUUUCCAUCGUCCAUUGUCAGAGGAUGAGUUAGUGGAAGUCGAAAAGUUAGUCAAUAGAUGGAUCGGAGAUGCUUCCCUUCUUCAAACAAAAAUGAUGCCUCUGUCAGCUGCUAAGGAAGCUGGCGCAAUUGCCAUGUUUGGGGAAAAGUAUGGAGAGCAGGUAUUGCUUUUUCCUGUAGCGUUUGGCUAAGCAAAAGUAUGUGGCAAACAUUCGCAACUUUAUUCUGGACGUGUAAUAUGCUUGAUUAGUUCUAAGUGCUUCUUUACUUUCUAUCUUCUAACUUCAGCGUUUGGUUUUUGCCUUUUCGUGGUCAAGGUCAAGAAACUAGAUGAUGCUUUGCAUUUUCUAUUAUAUCUUAAUUCGUUUCUUUUUUUAAUUUCCCAUUAUGUCUAACCCUUUCGUUAUUUGGUACUUCUUUGGUUUUAUAUGUAGCUAUUUCCUUCUUGAUAUGGUGCUUCCUCGUGUGAUCUGCUCUCCUUGCGAUGAACUGUUAAUAUUCCUUGCACAACACGAGAAAGCCUGUAUUGCUAUUUCCUUUUGCUUUGAACAUGAGAAACUAAUGGUGGAGAAUCUAUUUAUGAUCGUUUUGGAAAGCUUUCCAAGGAAGAAAAAUGCUUGCCGCUUAUGUUCACAUUUCCAGUUUCCAAGAACACUAUAAUUUCAAUAAAGUUUUAACAUAUAUAUUUAGUAUAUGAGGGUGGUCUUUUAUGGUUUUAUUGUAAGUCACGUUGGUCUAUUUUAUUUCUCUCAAUAGCUGAUAUAGUUGUGGUGGUGUCUAGAUCACAUGGUAAGUUCAGAGAUUUGGUCGUCAUACUGACAAUGCGCAAGGCUGCAGGUCAGAGUAGUGGAAGUUCCAGGAGUUUCGAUGGAGCUUUGUGGUGGCACUCAUGUCACCAACACCUGUGAGAUUCGUGGAUUUAAAAUAAUCUCCGAACAGGGCAUUGCAUCGGGAAUCAGGCGCAUUGAAGCCGUUGCCGGGGAAGCAUUUAUUGAUUAUAUGAUUUCUCGAGACAGCCAUAUGAAAACUCUUUGCUCCUUACUCAAGGUAUGCUUUUUCCAGUGAUAUCAUUCCAAACUUGGUGAUAUUUUCCUUGAAAGUAAAGCCAACACUUGGUUUACAACCCAUCUGAUUUCUCUCUUCAUUCCUCAAGCUGCUGUGACCUUUCCUUCUCAUGAUAAGAGAGCUUCAGGAACAAAGAGGGGGUUCUAAUAAAAACAAACCUGUGAACAUGUAGAAAGGCCAAUAUUUUAUCAUUCAUCGCAUUUUGGGUUUGGGUUGGAUGACCUGAUAACGCUGACAUGAUGGUAUCACGGCCAGUAGUUUCUCCCACAUGAUACAAAUAAACUAGUGUUUAUAGAAGUGUGCCUACUCUACUCAUGGCCAAUUAUAUCUAAGCGGGAUGGCCAGUAGAAACAGUGAGAGUAUGCCCAGAGACACAGAGAUAACCCAAGAGUAAAAGCUUUCAUCUGCCUGGUUGCCUGUGUGGGCUGACCAGGCAUGUAGAAAAGUCUGGACAACAGGUUCUGGGUAAUGUGGGAUAUGCUGGUAAAUGCGCCUCUUUUUUUCUCUGCCAGGUGAAAGCUGAGGAUGUGACUGGCAGAGUGGAGAGCAUCAUGGAAGAGCUGAGAAUCUCCAGAGGUGAAGUCUCAUCUCUUCGUGCAGAAAUAGCCACACUGAAGGCAUCCAACCUCACUAGCAAAGCGUUCUCGGUUGGGAGUUCUAACAUCAGGUGGGCUCAAGCCCCAUCUCUCUUUCUAUAUCCCCACUUAUUUUUUCCCAUCUACUUUUCCAUUAAAACACGCUGAGAGAAUUUCCAGGGCGAUUGUGGAGAAUAUGGGCAAGAUUGACGCUGAUGCACUGAAGAGCGCUGCUGAAUAUCUCCUGCAGACGUUGGGAGACCCUGCAGCAGUGGUGUUGGGGUCAUGCCCAGGCGAGGGGAAGGUCAGUCUGGUCGCGGCUUUCAGCCCCGGAGUUGUCAAUCUGGGGGUCCAAGCGGGGAAAUUCAUAGGAGGCAUAGCCAAGAUUUGCGGCGGCGGAGGAGGGGGGAGGCCCAGUUUUGCCCAAGCUGGCGGAAGGAAACCUGAAAACCUGGUGGAUGCCCUUGAAAAAGCUCAGGGUGAUCUUGUGCAAGCUAUAACCGAGAAAACCGGAUAA